CAAAAUUCGAUCGGGAAGGCAGUCAAAUAAAUCCUGGAAACAUACUGCACAUUAUAUGUGUGCAGAAUGCACCAUAUUUUUCCGGACCAGUUAACUUGCAAAAAUCAUUUGACUACCUUCCCGAUUGAAUUUUUGGCUGAAAUUUGGUAUGGAUGAACUAGACUUGAUGAGGAACCUACACAACAAAUUUGAGCAAAAAAAACCACCGGGAAGACCCCCAAAUGGAGGAGGCCGGACGGGGGGAGUGGUCCGGCCUGGCCGGACUUGAAUAUUAGUCUAGUUAAUAUAUAUUUAUAUAUAUACAUACAUAUAUAUUAAAGUAUUAAGUAUAAGUGUAUUAAUCAUCUUAUAGUAAUAUACUUAUAUAUUAUAUACUAUAAACAUUAUAUUAUAUAUUACUUGUAAUACAUUUACAAGUUAUAUAAACUAUAUAGACUUAUACACAUUCAUACAUUUUAUAAAAGUAGUUAAUUGUUAGACUUCUCAUUUAUCUAUUAAAUUAGUUAAUUGUUACAUUUCUCUACAUUUCUCUUUAAAGAAAAAAAAUAGUUACUUGUUACAUAUCAUUUAUCAUUUAACAUUAGUUAAACUAGUUACUUAUUUAAUUGCUACAUUUCUCAUUAAAUAAAAAAAGUAUUAAAUUUUUACAUUUGUCAUAUUAAUAUUAGUUAAAGUAGUUAAUUUUUACAUUUGUCAUAUUAAUAUUAGUUAAUUGCUACAUUGCUCAUUAAAGUAAAAAAAAAGUAGUUAAUUUCUACAUUUGUCAUUUUAAAAACUAGUUAAACUACUUAAUUGUUACAUUUGUCAUAUUAAUAUUAGUUAAUUGCUACAUUGCUCAUUAAAGUAAAAAAAAACUAGUUAAUUUUUACAUUUGUCAUAUUAAUAUUAGUUAAACUACUUAAUUGUUACAUUUGUCAUAUUAAUAUUAGUUAAUUGCUACAUUGCUCAUUAAAGUAAAAAAAAAACUAGUUAAUUUUUACAUUUCUCAUAUUAGUUAAUUGCUACAUUUCUCAUUAAAGUAUUAAUUAGAAGUAGUUCGAUUUUUUUGUCAAGGAAAACAAAUUGUUACACUAAAAUAUACUCAUAUUUUAGUUCGAAUUUGCUAUAUUUUUCUUAGUCACAUUUUAUUAUUACUAUUGUACUCAUAUAUAAUAUUUGAUAUCAUUUAAUAUUUGUUCAAUUUUAAAGAUGGAGCGUGGUAGACAUUCUGUAGAUGUGGGUAAUCUCCAACGCAACCGCAAGAGGGAGAUUGCAUCGACUCGUCCUACUUCACGCAAAGACAAAGGUAAAGCGCGGGCCGAGUCUUCUUUUCAAAGUCGAGAUGACUUUGAAACGGAUUACCAACGGAGAGAUGAUAUGAUGAUGUCCGACGAGCAUCUACAAAACCUAUUGUCCCAAAAUGAUCCACGCUUUGCACAAGAACAACACAUCCCGACAACCAUUGUUGAAGAGGAGCUCGAGGAUGACGAUGCGGAGGAGGACGCGGGGGGCGACGGGACUCACGGCACCCCGGAUGAUGAGCAAGAGUUGGAGGACGAGGGAGGUUCAACCCAAACUGGUAAGAAAUCCAAAUCUCCUAUUAUUGAAAACAAUUUUACAAAAAGGAAAGACAAAAAUACCGAAAAAUGGUACGCAAGUUGCAAUCAUUGCGGCAAAGAGUAUAGCUUGGGAACUUCUGACGGAUACGGGAGUCUCACAAGGCAUCUUAAGUCCGCCCAUUUUGUGGAGUACGCAAAAAUAGACAAGGGCAAGGGGAAGCAAACACAUAUAUCGAGGUUUGCAAAUUCUCAAUCCUUUGGUAAUUUCUCCUAUGAUGAUAAAAAACAUUUGACUGGUAUGUCUCAUUUAAUUGUUGAAGAAAAUUUACCCUAUAUUUUUUCCGAAAGUCUUGCUUUAAGAGAUUAUGCUCAAGGUACUUUAAAUCCUCAAUUUAGAAAUUAUAGUCGCAAAACGAUUAAAAAAGAAGUUAUAAGGCAAUAUAACUUCGAAAAAGAAAAAUUACAAACAUUUUUCGCAAGGUGACAACUCCGGUACCCAUUUAAAAAAUGGGGUACCGUACAUAUCAUGCAUUUGAUUGGUCCAAAUCAUUAUAUGCUUUUUAAUUUAGAUUUAAAUAAUUCAACUGCAUCAUUCUUAUUGGUCCAUUUGGACAAAGGUAAGGUACAUUUGGGGUACCAUAGAAUCUACCUUUUCGCAAACUUUAAUGGACGUGUUAGUAUAUGUAGCGAUAUAUGGGAGGAUACUUAUCAUCAUUUAUAUUAUUUGGGUCUUACUGCACAUUAUAUUGAUGAUGAUUGGAAUAUGCAUAAACGUGUUCUUGCUUUUCGUGAAUUCAAUGAUCGUCAUACUGCUGAUAAUAUUUAUAUUCUCAUUGAGCGUAUUUUAAUUGAGUAUAAUUUGCUUGAUAAGGUGUUCGCUGUAGGUUUUGAUAAUGCUAGUAAUAAUACUGCUGUUAUACCUAGAUUGCGUGAAUUGUGUGGUGCUUCUACAUUGAUGGGUAGGUUUUUUCAUCAACGUUGUGCAUGUCAUAUUCUAAAUUUGUGUGUACAAGAUGGAUUAGCGGCAUUAGGAAAUGCUUUGGAGGUAGUGAAGGGGGGAAUUAAAUUGAUUUGGGCUAACACUCUACUAAAAAUGCAAUGACGGCAAUAUUUGAAGGAAAGACAUGUCAAUUAUUGUGCUUUUCCUAAAGAUUUGUCUAUUCGUUGGAAUAGUGCUUAUAACUUAAUUCAAGUACUUAUUAGAUAUAAAGAUUAUUUUCCUGCUUUUUUAAGACAAACUUGUAACUAUAUUAUAAACCCGGCUGACAUCGACACUUGUGAAAAAAUUGUUAAUGUUUUGGUAUAUUUUAAUAAUGCAACUCAAACUUUUAGUCAUGUUUAUAAACCUACUGCAAACGAAUUUUUUGUUGAAGUUGUUAAUCUCGCCGGCGCUUUUUUAGAAUUUUCCGAUGCCGCUUACGUUAGUUAUUUUUGUGAUUUCAUGAAAAAAAAAAGUUUUUAAAAUAUUAUUCACAUGUUCCGCAUAUAUAUGGUAUUGCAUUUGUUCUUGAUCCUCGUUAUAAACUUGCCUCGUUGCCAAGUUGUAUAGAUUACUAUUAUGCUUCUUUUUUUUCAACUCAAGAGUUCGAUGAUAAUCCCAUCGACCAUAAACAACAAUACAACGGGGUUAGUAAUUUAUUUCAUCAAUUGUAUAAUGAAUUUCAUGCACAGUAUGGUAAUGCACCCCCUCCCAUGCCGCGAACAUCUUCUUCAUCUAAAGGAAAAUCACUUUUAAAAUCUGCAUUUAGUUCUCUUAUGAAAAAAAGUAGAGCAACUCCCGCUACUGAACAAAGCUCAGUUAACGAGCUUUCUUUGUAUCUAACAUUGAAUGUUGAUUAUGAAGUUGGGGAUGACUUUGACAUUCUUAAUUGGUGGAAGGAAAACGAAAGAACGUUCCCGGUUUUAUCAAAGAUGGCUAAGCAAGUGCUAGCAAUGCCGAUAUCAACAGUUGCCGUGGAACAAGAAUUUAGUGCGGCCGGCAACGUCCUAACCGAUUAUAGAACGAGGUUGAGCCCGAGCUCUCUUGAGACGCUAGUUUGCUUCCACGAUUGGUUGAAGGCCCAACGAAGAACUCAAGAAAUGACCAUCGCUCCCAGCCGCCACUUUAUGGAGGAAACAACCACCGAAGGCGGAGAUUCCGAUUGAUUUUUUAUUACAAAAUGUAUUACAUUUUUUAAAUGCA